GUGUCAUUGGAUUCAGGGAUGCUCACGAUCGACUAGUUGAUAAUCUUACAAUGUGAUUCGUAGAAAGCUUUCUCCCUUCACUGUCUUCGGUGCAUACGGAACAUCAGUGCCAUCAUAUCUCAGGCAGCUAUUUGUUUACAUGGAGCUCGUGUUCAUUGUGUAGUCUCCAUGAUAAAAACAAUCCGCUUGCUACAAGUAUAGUCGCAAAACAAGACGAAGCUUGCUAUUUCGAAGUGUUAAUAUGCGGUGGUGUGAGUGAGGAAUCUCCGGUGGUCAUUUCGAUGCGCGGACGUGACAGAAACGAUCCAAUCAUACCGUGUUUUCGAUCUUGUAAACUACGUAAGGCUUUUUGUAUUUAACUGGAAUUCUUAAGACUCAACAGCGUUUUAAAAAAUGCUGAAUAGUGCUAACGAGGAAGAUUGGCCAGCGGUCUUGCAGUACCCAUGCCCGCCAGCCAUACGACCAUAGCGGGCAUCUGCCUCUGUGAAUUCUGUACUUACCAUUCUGCGAAAUCCCAUCUUAAUAAAUGACAUAGAAAAUAAAUGAGCAGAGAAUGAAGAGUGAACUUGUGCAACGGUGGAGAUAUUUAUUAGCAGCUUAUGCAGGAUUAGCGGCUUUGGCCUUCGACUAUCUCGAUUACCAAAGCUGCUGACGUUUUUCCACAACCUUAAAUUUAGAUGUCCUGGGAUUAUGCCCUCUCUUCCAUACUCAAGGCACGAACCCCUCGUUAGUGCAAAGUUGAGUAAAUCAGUCCCAAAUAUGAUAGGCGGGACGACAAAUAUUGCCAACGAAUCCUGCCCCACAUCCACGUCUUCGUCCUUGCUGUCAGUCUCCAUUUCUAGUUCAACUCCAAUCUCUACCCCCGCAGUUUCCACCGUUGCCUCCGAUAAAUUGGAACAUCUGCAUAAGACUCAGCGAAACAGGUCUCACGCCAAAAUAAAGCUUCUAGUCAGAAGUCACGCGAUGAGAGAGUCGACUUCACCCCCUAGAGAACCUAAUGGUCUGCAGCCUGCGCAGGACGCAGAGAAGAUCACAGCCAGGAACUCAUCGACAAGUCCUGGCAGGCCGAAACCACUUAAUAACAACAACGAACCAAUUCUCGACGGCAAUAUACCAAGGUUGACAAGCGAUGUUGAAACAAAAAUUAAGGAUUCCCACCCUGUCUCUCAGACCUGCCCAAACUCUACACGAAAUGGGCAACUUGGCUCCCCAGAAGCACUCCCGUCAAAGAACACCACGCCUGUUGUCGACGCGAUUAAAACAGGCGCCAAAAGUCCGACCGAAGUUGGGAACUACAGUAGCUGUGGGUCGAACACUUCUCCUGGUCUUCUACAGACUUCGUCAUUUUCCAAUUCACAGCAGACCUCAAAGUCGAACCAUGGACUGCAACACUCGCCCAGGAGCACAAAUCUGGCUCAGCAAAUGCACAGCAAUGAGAGGAACAGGGGGGACCAAACAAAGUCCAACUCUACCUCAUCAUUGUCAUUCACCUGCAAUGUUCCCUGUUCUAAUCAGUGUGGAAACAGCAGCAACAACAACAACAACAAUAACAACAACACCAACAACAACAAUACCCUCUCUGUUAGCAGACCGGGGUCUAGGCACAAAAUGCGACAUCGCAAUGCUUCACAAGGCAGCUUCGAAGCUACUUCACCCAGUAUUUCACGAGACAGCAGCACAGAGCUAUACACCGAUAGCACGGGCAUAGACUUGGAGCAGUUCAUAGGCGAUACGUUAAAUCGGAAUCAAAAGGACCGCACAGUUCUGCUCCGGAUCGAACGUGAGCUUGUCGAUUUUGCUCGAGACAGACAGAGAGUGUGUCAUAAAUUCCCCAACAUGUCAUCGUACAACCGGAUGCUUGUACAUCGCGUUGCCGCGUACUUUGGCAUGGAGCACAAUGUCGACCAAACUGGCCUCUGCGUCGUUGUUACGAGGACGAAGAAUACCAGGAUCCCGGACACGAGGUUCAAGGAGAGCAUUAGGGACGAUAUCGUCCUCAACGAGGAACCGAAACGCAGCAUAUUGAAGAGAGACUCGAACUCCUUUGAGGAGAGUUUCAACUUCAAGUCACCGGAUCGUUUCAUAGCAGACUAUUGCAGGCGCAGUAAAAGUUUCGAGGAACGAGAGGAAGAGUACGAAAGAGCAAGACGCAGGAUAUUCAAAGACAGCAGUGUCGAAAGCACUGAGGCAGCAUCCUGGCCAUGGUCGUCUGCUGAGAGUUCGGACGCACUCCCCAAACCCAGGAUGUCUCACACUUUGAUCUCUGAUCACCGCAACAGACAACCAAUGCUCCUAAAGGUGGAGUCCUUUCACGAAAAUGGAUCCCAGCGCCGACCCUCGGUCCCAAAGUCUUAUAGCUUUGGCGGAUAUGCUGCAGGAGGCAUGCUCUCGAGAGAUAACAGCAUCACUUCCACACGAAGCGCCGGUGCCCGACUUACUAAACAAGAUUCAGGAACGAGUACCUGCUCGCGUUUGAGUCCGUCCAGUAGUGGUUACAAAUCCCAGAGUCAGCGAAGCGAUGCGACAAUAUCCCCCUCGCCAUCGCCUUCACCAGUGAUGCCUGCAGGACAGAGCCAUUCCCAAAUAUCAGGUCAGGAGCCGGUGCCCUCGAGUCCUAACGGAAACGGGCAGCAGACCGUCAUCUGGGCAGUUACCGACAUAGCGAGUGUUCCGGUGGGCAGCGUGAUAAUAGAUCCUCAAACCAACCUGACGUAUAAGAACUCAGACGGCUCUGUGUAUCGUUUCGAUCCUGAAAAUCCGCCGCAAAUAUUCCCGGAUCGUGAUCGAAGGGAGAAAAGAGUAUCUGGAGAAACUGAAGAGGAGGAGCAGGAGGAGGAGGAGGAAGAGGAACUGCCGGUAAUCGAAAAAAAUUGUUUCCCUCCUCAAAAAAUUACGGAGCAACACAAAAGGCGUGCGAGACAUGAAAAGAAUAGCAGUCAGGAAGCUGCGAUGUUCACCAAUUCUGCAACCUCACCGAAUCCCCCAUUUGAUACAACGACCACUCAGGUAUCUCAACAACUUCCUGUCCCACGAGCGCAGCAACAACAAAGAAACGGGGGACAACAUACUCUAGUCAAAAAUUAUGCCCCACACGUUUACACUCAUGGGCCACAAAUCCACCCUCAAACUCCCUAUGCGAGCUACGUGUCUCCCAGCUCACAGGCGAACAAUCAGGGCGUUUAUCUGAUGCAUGCUAGACCCUCAUCAGCUAUAACGAUAUCCCCUUACCAACCAUCCACCCAAAUUCGCGUCGAGGGAAGCCCGCAGGUAACCGAACGCGGAGAUAUGAUAUGCUGCAAUCAAAAUCCCAUGAUCGCGAGUUACCAGAUUCCAGGAAUGCAGCCUGGGAUUCCUCCACAACCUUACGAGGAGGUUGCUGAACUCUCUGGUUCAUUUAUUGGCAUGAAUUUAUAUGACCAGAGGGGAGCCGGCGACGGCCAGCCUGUUGCUGUGACUUCACAACCUUACCAGCAUUCACCACAAACUCAAAAUCCUGUGCAUCGCACGCAGCCUGGCUCCCCUGCCUGCUGGCAAUCGCAUACUAGUCAAAUUCCAUUACGUGGUAAUAACUUGAUACAGGUACAACCAGCGAUGUAUUUUGUACCUCCGUCACCAGCGGGUAUCUCAAAUGGUCCAACUCCUGUCGACGCAAGGCAACACCUCCAGAGAUUCGCAGCUGCUUAUUCCUACAAUCACCCUAGUGGUGUGCCUACGCCGACAAAUCAGGCUGCUUCUAGUUACGUCGGCGGGUAUCCAACACCGACGAUACCGGCCAUGCCUGUAAUUCCUGGUAUGCAGUCACCUCAGACAGAGUUUUCUUAUCAACCUACGACGCAUGUAAUACCAACCUAUUAUAACACCGGACAAGCCAGCAUGCAACCCACCCCUAUGAUAUACGGGGUCCCAACGCCACCGAACACGCCUUCGAACAGUCAGAUGUCCAGUGUAGCCCCUCUGAUGUACGUCAACUCGAACGGCUAUCCACCCUCAGCUUUGAUAGCGGGUAGUACAUUUGGGCAUCAAGUUGGAGGGGGCGGUGGACAGUCGGCAUCUUCCUACAUGGGUGCAUCACUCGUUCCAAAUGUCAUGUUGCGGCAGACAAUUCCUGCGGUUAGCGGAAUAAGAGCCUCCACGCAGUCUAGUCUUCAAAGAACAAGCAGAUCACCCGAUGCUGGACAGGAAAUAUUUGGGGUUGGUGGAAGGGACAGGAAUCCACAACCCCAAUAUCAAAUGCCGUUAUGCCAAGGCGUUCACAUCGUUCAAGGUGUCCCUGGUAAUCCCAGGCUCCAAUAUGCGCCUGCACCAUCUCCGCUUUCUUCACAAGGAUGCCCCCGACCUUAUCUACCGCCGUCCUACACCGCAAGCACCUCGAACGAAGGAGCAAGAAAUCCAGUUGACAAUAGAAGCCAAAAACCGCGAAAGCACAGGUAGUAAAGCUCUGUAAUGUGACGUGUAAAUAUAGGUAAGCUUAUCAACGGCGUAUCAUAAGAAUUUGGUUUCAUUCAAGUUUUUUUUCUCUAAUUUUAUGUUCUUUCCAUUUUUAAAAAAAUUUUCUGGUACAUGUAGACUCGAUAGAACAAAACUCGAUCUAAAACGACGAUAAUUGAUGAUUAUAAACUAUGUACAAUUUUAUCUCCGCAACGUUUUCAGACCACGUACGACAUGAUUCCGUUAAAUGAACUUGACUGCAUUUUCAUUAAUCAUUCAUCAACGAAAAUAAGUAAAAGUGAAUAGCAGGCAUCCCUAUAAUGCUGGAUUUGAUCACAGCCUGAAAAUUCAAUUAUACGUCGUACGAAAUAACGAGAAUCUACCUGAUAAACAGGACGCAGAUGAAAAAAUAGCAAAAUAGUACGAACAAAGAAAGAAAGGAAGUGAGGAAACCGUUCGAGGAUAUAGCGUUAUUUUACAAAAUAAAGAAUUACAUAUACAUACAUAUAGAAAGCAAGGUAAACACAAAACUUGCGGCACAACUAACGAAAACCUACCUUAAAUAUAUUCUAGAUUGAAAAAAAAAACA